AUGAGCCGCCUCUAUGUAACUCUCAUUGUGAUCAUCUUUGGAUUACUGCAGAUGACAGGGCCAGGAGCAUCUCUGAAUCUCCACUCUAGUUCAAACUCCACGCACCCAAACUGCACGGAGAGAUGUGGCAACGUGAGCAUCCAAUAUCCUUUCGGCAUCGAAUCUGGCUGCUUCCGGCAGUCCGAUUUCAGCCUCACCUGCAACGGCAGCGGCAGCAACCAGCCGCCCAAGAUCUUUCUGCAUGACGGCACCACCGAGGUCUUGGCUGAUUCCGGUAACACGGUGGGUCUGUCAUCGUUUAUUGAUGUAGCCAUUUCCCACACCAUCUUUAUGGCACCUGGUAUUCCUAGUUACAGCUUCUCGUGGAAUCUCAGUUCUUUCACUAUGCUUGAUGGCUCAUUCAACGUCACGGGGUGUGACUUCGAUAUAUAUCUUCAAGAACAGUACACGAAUGGACCGAAUGGUUCCAUAUCGAGGUGUCCAAAUAGCUGCCCCCAAAAUAUCACCGAGACGGUGGCUAGACAGAACUGCAACGGAACUGGCUGCUGCAGUAUUUAUGUCGUUGGAACUGAUGUUCGUGAUUUCACGCUCAAAUUUGUGCGCCACAAUGGCACUAGAGCUGAUCGCGAUGCUCUUUCCAAUCGAAGCUCCCUGUGGGAUAGAAUUAAUAUUACCACCAACUGGGCCGAAAUCUACUGGGAUAUAGUUGAUCAACCGACAUGCGCCAGAGCCAAGGAAAAAAAUAUAAACUAUGCAUGUGUCAGCAACCAUAGCGAAUGCUCUGACGAAGAAUGGUCUAAUCUUGGUUACAAAUGUAAUUGCAACAGUGGUUAUGUAGGCAAUCCCUAUGUACUUGAUGGCUGCAAGCGUGACGAAGGAUAUAGUCCAAGGCAACUAAAGGAAAAUUGCUCCCAAUGGUGUGGGAAUAUCAGUGUUCCAUAUCCCUUUGGUUUAGAGGAAGGUUGCUCUGCAAGGAAGCUAUUUGAACUCAACUGCACAAAUAUGACAUCGUCCAUGCUCCAGUUCGAUGAUGGCCAUGUUGUGGUCUAUAUAAAUAUUUCAGAGAGUCUCGUGGGCAUCAGGGUUACCUCAUAUUUUGAAGAUGAGAUUGGGAUAGAUGUAUCAGGAGAACCCAAUCUUUUUGAUGGUUUCGGGGAAUCAGUGGUCUCGGUGCAUUGGGCAGCUGCCAAUCUUACAUGUGAGGAGGCCCUAAAAAACAAGUCGCAAUACGCAUGUGUCAGUUUGAACAGCGAAUGUUUAGGAGUUAACUCAAAGAAUGAUUAUGUUGGAUAUCGAUGCAAAUGCUUAGAUGGUUUCCAAGGAAAUCCAUAUACCACCAGUACUGGUUGUGAAGAUAUCGAUGAGUGUCAAAUACCAGGCAUUUGCAAAGAGAACGAGGUAUGCCACAAUGUUGCGGGGAGCUAUGAUUGCACCAAAUGCCCUGGUAAAACAGAGUACGAUGCAACAACUAAGCAGUGCACAGCAACAAAACGACAGAAUCUUCUUUUGGGUGUGAUCAUUGGGCUUUGUGUUGGCUUUGGCAUUCUACUAUCUUGCUUGGGAGGGAUGCUUCUCAUCCGUAGAUGGAAAAGGGACAUUCAAAGAAAACUACGGAGAAAAUACUUCACAAAAAACCAAGGACUUCUCCUAGAACAACUAAUAUCAUCUGAUGAGAAUGCUAGCAACAAGACAAAGAUUUUUUCUCUAGAAGAGCUCAAAAAGGCUACAAAUGACUUUGAUACAUCACGUAUACUUGGACGUGGAGGCCAUGGAAUGGUUUACAAAGGUAUCUUGUCAGAUCAGCGUGUAGUAGCAAUAAAAAUUUCAAAGAUCAUGGAGCAAGAUGAAAUCGAUAAUUUUAUCAAUGAGGUCGCCAUUCUUUCUCAGAUAAAUCACCGCAACAUAGUACGGCUCUUCGGAUGUUGCCUUGAAACUGAGGUCCCGCUUCUUGUGUAUGAUUUUGUAUCUAAUGGUUCUUUGUUCGAAAUUCUCCAUGCUGAUGCAAGCAACGAUUUCCAAUUGUCCUGGGAUGAUUGCUUAAGGAUUGCAUCAGAGGCUGCAGGAGCACUUUAUUAUCUCCAUUCUUCAGCUUCAGUAUCAAUCUUCCACCGUGAUGUGAAGUCUUCGAAUAUACUUUUGGAUGGAAACUACACUGCAAAAGUUUCAGAUUUUGGUGCGUCAAGAUUGGUUCCUAUUGAUCAAACCCAUGUUGUUACAAAUAUUCAGGGCACUUUUGGGUACUUAGAUCCUGAGUACUACCACACUGGGCAAUUAAAUGAGAAAAGUGAUGUGUAUAGCUUUGGAGUGGUACUUGUGGAGCUGCUCCUUCGAAAGAAACCAGUUUUUACAAAUGAGACCGGGACAAAGCAAAAUUUGUCCAACUACUUCCUUUGGGAAAAAAAGAUGAAACCAAUUACAGAGAUUGUGGCUACUCAAGUUCUUGAGGAAGCAACAGAGGAAGAAAUUAACAUAGUUGCCUCCCUUGCUGAGAAGUGCUUGAGACUCCGCCAUGAAGAAAGACCUACAAUGAAGCUAGUAGAAAUGACUCUACAAUUUUUGCGAGCAGAACGGUUGAACUCAAGAAGUGCUGUUCCUGCGAGCAAACAAGAGUUGGAAGAACUUUUAUGUCCAAGCAAUUCCUAUUCCGACUCAUUGGCUUCUGACUCCUUGAUGGACAAUAAAGCCACUACAUCAUCCCAACAAUCAAAGGGAUAUUAUAGCUUGGAGCAGGAGUUUGCUUCUUCUACUCUGCCGCGUUAG